AUGGAGAAGAGUCUCCAACGAUCUGUUCUCCUUGUGACAUUGUCUCUCUUCUUCUUCUCCAUUCCAGUUUCACUCUCUGUUCCAUUCGUUUUGUUUCACGGAAUCGCAGGUGAAUGCUCCAAUGAUGAAGUGAGCAAUUUGACAAAGUUCCUUAACAAUUACUCCAGCUCCCCUGGAUCUUGCGUAGAAAUAGGAAAUGGACUGGUAGAUUCCUUAUACAUGCCGCUUACGCAACAAGCGAGCAUAGCUUGUGAGAAAAUCAAACAGAUGCCAGAGCUGAGUGAAGGUUACAACAUUGUUGGAUUAUCUCAAGGAAACUUCGUCGCUAGAGGCCUAAUCGAGUUCUGCGACAAUGCUCCUCUGGUCUUCAACUAUGUAUCUUUAGGAGGUCCUCACGCUGGCCUAUCCGACCUUUCCAAGUUUAAUUGUUCAGUUUGCGAGUUGCUGGACAUAUAUCUUUCAGAUGUUUACAACGACUUCGUACAAGAUCAUGCUGCACCAAGUGGUUGCUUCAAAAUCCCUACUGAUAUAAAAAAUUAUUUGGAACACUCCAAGUACCUGCCAAAGCUCAACAACGAGAGACCUGGCGAGAAGAAUUCCACUUAUAAAGACCGUUUCACAAGCUUGCACAACUUGGUCCUCAUCAUGUUCCAGGGUGACAUUGUCGUAAUUCCUAAAGAAAUUUCUUGGUUCGGAUAUUACCCGGAAGGAGCUUCCACACCUCUUUUGUCUCCUCAAAAGCUCUAUCUUGAAGACUGGAUUGGUCUGAAAACAUUGGAUGCUGCCGGAAAAGUUAAGUUUGUCAGUGUCCCUGGGGAGCAUCUCCGAAUGGCGCAAGAUGAAGUUGUAAACUAUGUCGUGCCUUACCUCAAGAACCACCCAACAUGAAUUUUUCUGAAUGCUGCGUAACCCCAAGGCAAUGGAGACGACACUGCAUCCAUGAAUGCGACUUCAUUACUAUGCUCUCUCUGUAGGUUCGGAUUUUCGGGUUUAGAUAUAGUAUAGAAUCUGUUCGAGUUUUUUAUACUAUCGGGUCGGAUUCGGAAAUUUACCUGUUUGGGUUCAGGUAUACCCGAAUUCAAACAAACUAAAAUAAAAAAUUUAAUUUUUAUCUUUCUAGAAAUUUUAGAACACAUGUAUUAUAUAUAAAUAUUUAAAGUUUCAUAUUAUGACAGAAGAAUUAAGAUG